UCCUGCCCCGCCGCCCGCGCGCGAUGAAGGCGGCCCAGGCCGGGGGCGCCGAGGCGCCGUCGGGCGCGCGGUCCGUCAAGGUGGUCCUGGUGGGCGACGGCGGCUGCGGGAAGACGUCGCUGCUGAUGGUCUUCGCCCAGGGGGCCUUCCCCGAGAGCUACACCCCCACUGUGUUUGAGCGGCUCACCGUGAAUCUGCAAAUGAAAGGCAAACCCUUGAACCUCCAGAUCUGGGACACAGCAGGGCAAGUUGACUAUGAUCGCCUGCGGCCCCUGUUCUACCCUGAUGCCAGUGUCCUGCUCCUCUGCUUCGAUGUCACCAGCCCACCCAGCUUUGACAACAUCUUUAACCGGUGGUAUCCAGAGGUGAACCACUUCUGCAAGGAGGUGCCCAUCAUUGUUGUGGGCUGCAAGACUGACCUGCGCAAGGACAAGUCACUGCUGAAGAAGCUACGGAAAAAUAGGUUGGAGCCUGUGACCUACCACAGGGGCCAGGAGAUGGCGAGGUCUGUGGGUGCAGUGGCCUACCUCGAGUGCUCGGCCCUGCUCCAAGAAAACGUCCACGCGGUCUUCCAGGAGGCAGCCAAGGUAGCCCUCAGUAGCCGCAGUCGCAACUUCUGGAGGAGGCUUACCCAGACCUUUUGUGUGGUGAUCUGACAUCCUGAGGCCCUCUCUGUCCCAAUCACCCCAGCAGCACAGGAAAGAGCUGGGCAUUGAGCUGCCCACUUGGCCGGGCUGGACCCAGUCCCCAGACCAUGAUCACCGUACUACACCUCAAACAGAUGGACACUACCAAGGCCGGGUCCCCAACCCUGGGGCUUCGAUCCCUGGACUAGACCAUAACCCCCCUGAGGCCUGAGGAAGGGGGUUCCAGAGCCUGUCAGCCCUGUGGAGGGCUCAUCCUGGAGUUCUUUACAAUGACUACCAGACUCCCCGCUCCCAGCCUGGACCACACAUCCAGAAGAGCCUGUUCAAGCCUGGCACCACCUCGCUGCUGUCACAGGGCUGCAUGUUCAGGAACAGGCAGUCCUAGGACCAGGGCCAGAACACACACCCUGCCCCUCCUCUCUCCCCCCCUGCCCAUCCAGUAGUGACCGUAACAACUAAAACAUCACUUGUCAGUUAUGUCAUGCGCUUUGCUUUACACACAUGUUCCACAGCAGAUGAGAGUCCACCACAUGUAGGCACUGGAGUGGGACUACCUGAAUCCAAGCCUGGCUUUAUCACUUUAGGACCUUGGGCAAAUUACUUGAACCCUCUGUGCCUUGGUAUCCCCAUCUGUGAAAUGGGACCAAUCAUAGAUGAUAUCAUGGAGCCUUUAAUGAGUAAGAACAUCAUGAGACACAUGCAAACUGCUUAGCACACAGUAAGUGCUCACAAAAGGUUCACAAGUGUUAUUUUUAUGUAUGAUAAAUAUAUAAUAUCGCAUAGAUGUAAUAUACUGAAUAAUAUUAUAUUAGGGUUUUCCAGAGAAACAGAACCAUGUAGAGCCAAUAGGAUGUGUGUAGAGAGAGAGAGAAAUUGUAAGGAAUUGGCUCACAGGAGCACGGGGGCUGACAAGUCUAAAACCUGUAGGGCAGGCUGGAGAUUCAGGUCAGUUGAUGUCGCAGUCUUGAAUCUGAGUUCUGCAGGGCAGCAGGCUGGAUACUCAGGCUUUCUGUGCUGCUGACUUGAGCCAGAAUUCCUUUGUCAAGAAACCUGUCAUUUCUCUUAAGGUCUUCAACUGAUUGGAUAAGGCCCACCCACAAAGAACCAGCCCCAAAAACGCACUCCUUCAGUUUCAUUAAAAACAGUUCAGGGGCACCUGGGUGGCUCAGUGGCUGAGUGUCUACCUUCAGCUCAGGUCGAUCCCAGGGUCCUGGGAUCAAGUCCUGCAUCGGCUUCCCACAGGGAGCCUGCUUCUCCCUCUGCCUGAGUCUCUGCCUCCCUCUCUAUCUCUCAUGAAUAAAUACCUAAAAUUGAAAGAAAGAAGAAAGAAAGAAAGAAAGAAAGAAAGAAAGAAAGAAAGAAAGAAAGAAAGAAAGAAAAAGAAAGAAAGGGAAGGAAGGGAAAAAGAAGAAAGAAAGAAAGAAAGAAAGAAAGAAAGAAAGAAAGAAAGAAAAGAAAAGGAAAAAAAAGUAGUUCCAGGGUGACACAUGGGUGGCUCAGUCAGUUGAGUGACCAACUCUUGAUUUUGGCUCAGGUCAUGAUCUCAGGCUCAUGAGAUCAGGGCCCACAUUGGGCUCUGGGCUCAAUGGAGGAGUCUGCUUCUCUCCCUCAUUUUCUCCUCCUCCCCCCCCCAUGCACACAUGCUCUUUCUCUCUCAAAUAAAUAAAUAAAUCUUUGGCUCAGUCA